AUGGGAAAAUUGGAUCCUGAUCUCCAAGAGUUCCUGCAUCCCCUCCGUAUAGAUCACGACACACUCUAUGACCUCUCCCAUCGUCUGUCACACACAUAUCGGGAGCUGGCUGCCAGCUCAUCGGAGCAGUUCUUCCCCACCGCCAUCACCCGGCUGCCCACCGGCCAUGAAACCGGUCGCUAUCUGGCUGUCUACCUCGGCCUCUCCUAUCUCCGGGUCGCCUUCAUUGACCUGCUGGGACAUCAGCCAGUCGGAAGGCAACCUCAUGUAAGACGAACCCUGGAGAAGGCGUGGCCCAUCGAAGAGCGGCUCCGACGUGACCAAGCCCAGUCCUUAUUCGCCUGGAUUGGUGACUGCAUUGCCGAAGUCAUCGCGGAUGAUCUUGCCAACUCUAAAGGCGAUCCGCCAAAGGAGCUCAUCAUGGGGAUUUCUUUUUGUUUUCCUACUAAGUUCGUAUCUUGCCUAUUUGAUUCGUGUGGUAUGGGGUUAACUGAUCGCAGGCAAAAGUUCCUCAAUGAGGCCAUUCUUAUGCCCACAGGCAAGGGGUUCGCCUUGAGCUCUUCCCUGAAUCUCCACCAAGCCUUGCUGGAUGGAUAUGAAUGUCACACCCGGCGGUCUGAUCAGGACUCAGAUGACAUGCCCACUAAGCGUCGCAAGACUUACUGUCUACCGAAGUUGAAGGUCACGGUCAUGACCAAUGAUACGGUCGCUACAUUAGCCUCUCUGGCAUACUCGAUAAGGGCCCUUCCCAAUACUCGAGUUGUCAUGGGGCUCAUCGUCGGCGCCGGCUGUAACUCUGCUAUUCCCAUGAAACUUGCUGACCUACAGGAAUUGAAAGUGGCCCAUAUCCGAGAAAAGCAGCCAGAGGCGGAUGAAACCGUCGUUUCGACUGAAUGGACCCUCCACGGAGCAACCGGGCCUUUGGAGAAGCUCGGUAUCGUAACCAAGUGGGAUGCUGAACUGGAAGAACAUUCCAACCGUCCCGGCUUCCAGCCACUGGAGUAUAUGGUUGGUGGCCGUUACAUUGGCGAGCUCGUCCGCAUAAUCUCUUAUGAUUGGUUUCACGGAGUCAAGAAGAUCCCAAAGUCUUCAUUGCCAGAGAAAUUGGUCGAAAGGAACUCACUAUCUACAGAAUUUCUGUCGCUUGUGGUGGCUUCGAGCUCCUCAAACGAACAUCUGGCCGUGGCACUGUCAAACCACCUCCCGUCACCAUCCUCGAGUGACUGGAUGUGGACCCCCGACUUCGCUGGACAUAUUCGAAUAAUCGGUGCGGCAGUCCAAGAGAGAUCAUCUGCCUUGGUUGCUGCAGCGACGGUUGGUCUUUUAGCAUGCACUGGCGAGGUAAAUUUGAAGAGCACAGCACAUUUAGAAACGGAUAUUGAAAAUCCCAAACCAGGCAAAUUGAUAAGCACUCAGAAUGAUACAGUGUCAGAUUCCAAAGCAGUGAUACCCGGUUGGCAAAAAGGGCCAGAGGAGCUGGUUGUGGCCGUGUCUGGUGGUGUGAUCCAGCACUACCCUCACUACAAGGACCGAAUUCAGCGACAUAUUGACCGCUUGAUUCUCAGUGCUGGACCACAGGGUGAAGGGAAGAGUGUCUUCCUUCGGGAGGCCAGCGAUGGUGGAAUAGUUGGAGUGGGCGUUCUGGCUGGUACUGCGGCCGGAGAAAUCCAGGAGAUAAUUGGCUCGACCUUGGAAUCAGAGCGCAAUUAGAUGGAAUCCGCAUCUCCAAGGCCACCCAAGAACGCUGUGAAUCCACAACUAUUGCUACGUCGGGUCCAUAUGGGGAAAUCACAGCCUAAACAUAUUCAUAUUGGAGCGAAUGAGGCUUCUUUCUACCUUGAUCUACAAUAUUCUUUUCUGAUCACCUGCGAUACAAAGUGUGUGACCAUUCCAUAACGUGCGUCUGAUAGAACAUCA